AUGGUGCCUCCUAUUGUUUUCUUGCAGAACAAAUUGAGUCUUGACGAGUAUGCAAACCAUAUGUGUCAAGAAAGUAAUUAUGGAGAAACGAUGAACAAGGGGGUGAUAUACGACAUUAUUGUGGCAGACAUUAACGCAAAAUCAAUGGUUCAUAUCUACAAAAAGGAUACAACAAAAACAAAAUAUGCUGAGAAGAAAAAAGUUGACUUUGGAGUCCAUACCCUUUCUUCUCAAUCCAGAUUCGAUUCCGGAUCGUUCAAGGAUAUAUGUAUGAAAAGUCUUUUUAGUAAGAUGAUUCGUGAUUACAAAAAAGAACAAGUCCUGCCAUUGGAGAAGAUGGCUAAGGAAUUUGUCUUUGAUCCAGCCAAGGCUGAUUUCGACAUAGCUGGCUGUAGCUGGAUUCCGGAUAAGGAAGAUCAGUUUAGGGCAAUGAGUACAAUAGCAAUGGAGGUGAAACCCAAUAAAAAAAAGGAAUGUUCUAUGAAAGGUAUGUGGACAAAGAUGGCAAUUGGCAAGAGAAUUUCCUCCCUUUCGAGAUAG